UGUGUGUGUCUCUCUCUCUCUCUCACUUCCAGAGGAGGAGCGAAGAGGGGAGUGAAUGAGAAGGUCUCGCAGUCCCACGCAGUGAAAGAGAGAGAGAGAGAGUGUGUAAAACAGAGGGAGAGGGGGAGACAGAUUUGAAAAAAAAAGUUCCUGCCACCGGGAUAAACUCCACGGUUCACCAAGGACUCCUGAGUAAAGCCAGCUGCAGACAACACCUCAGGAUGCAGGUCUUUGGACAUGGCAUUGGGACCUGGCUUCUAGUGGGAUUUGUAGCUGUGACGUUUGAUUUCAUCAGCGAGGCACAAGCUCAAGUUGCCUCCCCAACAAGAUUAAAGUUUUCCAUAAUGUCUCAGGACAGUGUUAAGAUUACAUGGAAACCUCCUAGAGGGAGAUUUCACGAAUACAGAUUAACUGUGACACCAGUUGUAGGUGGUAAACCCCAGAAAUUAAGCAUACGGAAGGGUGAGACAGCUGUCGUGGUGGAAGGUCUUCUCCCCAACCAGGAGUACAUGGUGCAACUGUUUGCGAUCAACAAUAAAAAAGAAAGUGCGCCAGCUCAGGGGCGGUUUACAAUGAGGGCAUCACGCAGCAGAGGCAGGCAAGGAUCCCCCUCCCAAACUAAACCAAAGAAAGUAUCGGACUCUCAAGCCGGCAAUACCACAACUGAUGAAGGUUCUCAGUUUAUGUGCGAGUCGCCAGCUAUUGCCGACAUCGUUGUUCUUGUGGACGGUUCGUGGAGCAUCGGCCGACUUAAUUUCCGACUCGUGCGACUGUUUUUGGAGAACUUGGUUAGUGCUUUCAAUGUAGAUUCUGACAAAACCAGAAUAGGACUGGCUCAGUACAGUGGAGACCCGAGGGUGGAAUGGAAUCUGAACCAACACAGCACAAAGGAGGCUGUAUUGGACGCUGUCAAAAAUCUGCCUUACAAAGGCGGCAACACACUUACAGGUCUCGCUUUGACGUUCAUCCUGGAGAACAGUUUUAAGCCCGAGGCUGGGUCGAGAGCUGGUGUGCCGAAGAUUGGGAUCCUGAUCACGGAUGGCAAAUCUCAGGAUGACGUCUUCUCAUCGGCUGAGAGUUUACGUGAUGCUGGCAUCGAGCUCUUUGCUAUCGGCGUGAAAAAUGCCGAUGUAAAUGAGCUGAAGGCUAUCGCCUCCGAACCUGACGAGACACAUGUUUACAACGUGGCUGACUUCAAUAUCAUGAACACGAUCAUCGAAAGUCUCACCAAGACAGUGUGCACACGUGUGGAAGAACAGGACAAAGGGAUUAAAGAAGCAUCAGGCAGGAAGAGCCUGGAGCCAGCUGCACCCUCGAACCUUGUGGUCACCGACGUCACCGCCCGCAGUUUCCGUGUCAGCUGGUCACACGCACCAGGGAAUGUGGAGAAAUACCGUGUGGUCUAUUACUCCACCACCGCAGGUCAGCCAGAAGAGGUGGUUGUGGACGGGAUAGAAUCAACUGCCGUUCUCCAGAAUCUGAUGUCCUUGACGGAAUAUCAGAUCGCGGUGUUUGCCAUCUACACAAAGGCUGCCAGUGAAGCACUCCGGGGCACCGCAACCACACUGGCCCUGCCUGCUGCCGUGGACCUGGAUAUCUAUGACGUGACCCACAACAGCAUGAGAGUAAAGUGGGAGGCCGCAGAAGCUGCCUCGGAGUACAUGAUCCUUUACGCAGCGCUCACAGGGGGAGACACAGCUGAUGAAAAGGAGGUAAAGGUGGACAAUUCAGUUACGGAUAUAGAACUGGAAAGGUUGUCCCCGAACACUGAAUAUACCGUGACUGUGUACGCCAUGUAUGGGGAGGAAGCGAGUGACCCCCUGACCGGACAAGAAACAACACUACCACUUACACCUCCCCAGAACCUCCAGUUCUCUGAGAUCACCCACAGCAUGGGCAGGGUCAGCUGGGAAGCAGGAUCAAGGAAAGCUCUGGGCUAUCGUGUCAUGUACGUGAAGACUGAUACCACUGCGAUGGGCAUGGUUGAAGUCGAAGACGCAACACCGAUUUUCUUAACAAACCUGACAUCACUUACGGAGUACACAGUUGCAGUCUUGGCAAUCUAUGAUGAGGGGCAAUCAGCCCCACUGACAGGCAGCUUCACCACAAGGAAUGUUCCGCAGCCUUUGUCCUUAAGGAUCAGUGAUGUUUUUGAGGAAGAAUUCAGAGUUAGCUGGAAUCAUGCUGCUGAUGAUGUUACCUUAUACAGACUGGCAUGCACUCCCUUGAGUGGUGAAGAGGCAAAGGAGUUUGUGUUCAGCGGGGCUACAGACACGGUGGUUCUUGAUCAUUUACUGCCUGGGAUGGAAUAUGAGGUGUCUCUAUCUGCAAUUUACAGCGAUGAGGCAGAAAGUGAAGUUAUUACAGCCCUUGAAACUACACUUCAGCGAAUAAUCACAACAACUCCAGCCACCACAACAACUCUUCGUCCAACUACAGUAGUAAUCCGAUCUGGAAUAAGGAACCUGGUCUUGGAUGAUGAGACCACUUUCAGUCUGCAUGUCUCGUGGGAGCCUGCCGAUGCCUUCAUCACCCAGUACAGAGUGUCCUAUGUAUCUUUGAAGGGGGAUCGAGCGGAAGAAGGGGUAAGCAUGGUGAUGGUUCCAGGGAGGCAGAAUGAUCUCCUACUCCAGCCUCUGCUCUCGGACACGUCGUAUCGAAUUACCGUGACACCGAUCUACGCCGACGGAGAAGGGAGCGGCCGCGCAGUUACUGGGAAGACGUUGGCGCUCUCUGGCCCGAUAAACCUGCACGUAUCGGAGGAAUGGUACAACCGUUUCCGGAUUAGAUGGGACGCCCCACCAUCACCGACAAUGGGCUACAGAGUGGUGUACACGUCGGCCUCUGCCCCUGGGCCAACUCUGGAUACCUUUGUGGGAGAUGACGUGAACACAAUGUUUAUUCUUAACCUACUCAGCGGAACCGAAUAUAUCGUCAAGGUGUUUGCAACCUACCCCACGGGUUCUAGCGAGCCGCUGACAGGAAGAGCCAAGACACUGUAUCUUGGUGUGACGAAUCUUGCCACGGAAGAUGUUCGGAUGACAAGCAUGUGCGCUCGCUGGCAGUUUCAUCGACACGCCACCUCCUACAGAGUAGUUAUCGAAUCACUCAGAGAUGGAAAGAAGGAAGAGGUGAUUGUUAAUGGAGGGACAUCUCGUCACUGCUUUUAUGAUCUCAUCCCAAACACCAAGCACAGGAUCAGUGUGUACACCCAGCUGCAGGAGAUGGAAGGUUUGGCUGUGAACAUACUCGAAGCAACUGUUCCAGUUCCGACGGAGCCACCAACUCCUCCUCCAACAACCGUCCCGCCGCCCACAAUCCCACCGGCUCGGGAGGUUUGCAAAACUGCCAAAGCUAAUCUGGUCUUCCUAGUGGAUGGAUCGUGGAGUAUUGGGGAUGAGAACUUUGACAAGAUCAUUGGUUUCUUGUACAACACCAUUGGAGCUCUGUAUAAGAUUGGACCGGAUGGGACUCAGGUUGCAAUCAUUCAGUUCAGCGAUGAUCCCAGAACAGAAUUUCAACUCAACUCGUACAAUGACAAGGAGAUUCUCCUCAACGCUGUCGAACGCAUUAGGUACAAGGGUGGAAAUACAAAGACAGGCAGAGCCAUAAAACAUGCCAAGGAUUCUGUGUUCACAGUCGAAGCAGGAUUACAGAGAGGCAUUCCCAAUGUCCUGGUGGUCAUUACAGAUGGUCGAUCUCAAGAUGAUGUUGUCAAGACUUCCCAAGAGAUGCAGUUGGAAGGAUUCACUAUCUUUGCGGUUGGUGUUGCUGAUGCCGAUUAUGCAGAGCUGAUGAACAUUGCCAACAAGCCCAGCAACAGGCAUGCCUUCUUCGUGGAUGACUUUGAUGCCUUCAAGAAGAUUGAGGACGAGCUUGUUACCUUUGUCUGUGAGACAGCCUCUGCAACUUGUCCAUUGGCCCUCAUUGGAGAUAGCAGCCUUGCAGGGUUUAAAAUGAUGGAGAUGUUUGGGCUGGUUGAGAAGGAGUAUGCUUCUGUCGAAGGAGUGUCAUUGGAAUCGGGCUCAUUCAACAGCUUUCCGUGUUUCAGACUGCACAAGAAUGCUCUGGUUUCACAACCCACAAGGAAUGUCCAUCCCGAGGGGUUGCCAUCGGACUACACUGUCACCUUCCUCUUCCGCCUGCUGUCUGACACUCCGCAGGAACCCUUCGCCCUUUGGGAGGUCCUCAACAAGCAGAGCGAGCCCCUGGUCGGGGUCAUCUUGGACAAUGGCAGGAAAGCUCUCACCUACUUUAACUACGAUUAUAAGGAUGAGUUCCAGACCGUCACCUUUGAUGAUCCAGAAGUCAAGAAGAUCUUUUAUGGAAGCUUUCAUAAGGUGCACGUGGUAAUCACCAAAACCCACGCAAGGCUGGUGGUGGACUGCAAGCAAGUGGGGGAGAAGUCAAUCAAUGCGGCAGGAAACAUCAGCACCACUGGGUUGGAGGUACUGGGCCGGAUGGUGCGCUCCCGGAGCCCGAGGGACAGCUCGGCAUCGUUCCAAUUGCAAGGGUUUGACAUUUCCUGUUCCACGUCCUAUGCAAGCAGGGACAAGUGCUGUGAACUUCCUGCACUGAGAGAUGAAGCCAAUUGCCCAGCUCUUCCUCAUGCCUGCACUUGUUCCCAAGACAGCAAAGGACCUCCUGGACCCCUGGGUCCCCCGGGUAACGCAGGUUUACGAGGCCAAAGAGGUGUGAGAGGAGAACAAGGUCCAAGGGGACCUGAUGGUCAGAGGGGGGUGAUCGGCCUGCCGGGUCCGCAGGGUCAGCCUGGGCCCCAGGGACCGAGCGGACAAUCCAUUCAAGGCCUUCCGGGGAGCGCUGGUGAAAAGGGUGAGAAAGGACAGAGUGGCCCCGCUGGUCACCAGGGUCUGUCGGGUCCUCGAGGACUCUCGGGACGAGAUGGGCCACCAGGUCAAAGGGGUUCUGUGGGUAAAGAUGGACCUUCAGGGCUACCAGGCUCACCUGGGCCGAUGGGAAGUCCAGGAGUCCCUGGUUCCCCUGGAGCUGCAGGAAGUCCCGGUUCCCAGGGCCACAUCGGACCUCCCGGUGCUCAGGGUCUGAAAGGAGAGAGGGGCCCGAGGGGAGACGUCCAGUCACAGAGUACAGUCCAUGACAUUGCUCAGCAAGUGUGUGAGCAGCUCAUCCAGAGCCACUUAUCAAGAUACAACUCCAUUCUCAACUCCAUUCCCAGCAACUCCGUCCAAGUGCGGGCUGUUCCAGGGCCUCCCGGAGACACUGGCCGUGACGGAACAGCAGGUCCAGCAGGAGAACCCGGACCUCAGGGCCGGCCAGGAUUCCCCGGCACGCCGGGAAUACCAGGUCGACCAGGAGAAAGAGGUUCGCCGGGCGAAAAAGGAGAGCGGGGAUCUACUGGGUUUGGUAAACAGGGCCCAAGAGGAACUCCAGGAACUCCAGGCCCUCAGGGGGAGGGCCGGAGUGGGAGCCAAGGACCACCAGGUCCCCCAGGGCGGCAAGGCAGCUUGGGACGUACUGGAUCCUCUGGACCAAGAGGACAGCCUGGCCCAUCAGGCUACUGCGACCCUUCUUCAUGUGCUGGCUACAAUGUUGGAGAUGGGGCGUAGGUAAAUCAAUUAAACUACGCUGCACUUGUAAGUAUGGCAUCAGCCGGAAUGCAUGAAGCUCUCCAGCUUUGCAAUGUCCUACUUUCUUUGUUCUGAAUUCAUACUAAACUUCAAUUCCUCUACUAAACUGGACAUUUUAUUAAAAACAGCAGCAAGGGGAUAAAAGACAAAGAGCUUACAGCUACUGUGAUAAUUAAUGAAAUACACCCUCUCGUGUGAAAGAGGUAAAUAGUAUUGAGUCAUAGAAACAUAGAAAAUAGGUGCAGGAGGAGGCCAUUCGGCCCUUCGAGCCAGCACCGCCAUUCAUUGUGAUCAUGGCUGAUCAUCCCCUAUCAAUAACCCGUGCCUGCCUUCUCCCCAUAUCCCUUGACUCCACUAGCUCCAUAGAGCUCUAUCUAACUCGCUCUUAAACCCAUCCACUGACUUGGCCUCCACUGCCCUCUGUGGCAGGGAAUUCCAUAAAUUCACAACUCUCUGGGUGAAAAAGUUUUUUCUCAUCUCAGUCUUAAAUGACCUCCCCUUUAUUCUAAGACUGUGGCCCCUGGUUCUGGACUUGCCCAACAUUGGGAACAUUUUUCCUGCAUCUAGCUUGUCCAGUCCAUUAAAGAACAACAGAUAUAGAAAAACGUUAAGCAUUAUGUGGUUAACCAAACACAGAUAAGAGACUCAUAACAGCAACCUGCAACCAGUUGGACUUCAAAUGAUUUUAUGUGACAAUUUUUUUAUUUUUUUUUGUGGUGGCAUAGAAAAUAGGAGCAGGUGGAGAUCUUUCGGUCCUUCGAGCCAGCACCAAUAUUCAAUAUGAUCAUGGCUGAUCAUCCAAAAUCAGUACCCAAUUCCUGCUUUCUCCCCAUAUCCCUUGAGUCCGUUAGCCCUAAGAGCUAUAUCUAACUCUCUCUUGAAAACAUCCACUUUAGCACAAGAUUGAGGCAAUGCUAUUGAAAAUGGGAAAAUAAAAAAACAUCAUCCCUUAGGCUGCUUGUUUCAAAACAAAUGUGUCGUUUAUAAUUCUGCCUUCUGCUUACUUGUGUUUGUGUUUUUUUUAUACUGACUGUUAAAUGGGUUUGUUUUUCCUUAUCUUCUCUUCCAUACCAAUCCCAACUAUUCCGGCUCAAA